AUGCACCCAACAGCAGAAAGGCCAGCAACAACGCAACGGUGUACUGACAUCAUCGGAUCCAUUCUUCCACUGAUGGAGAAAACGGCGAAAGAGAGAAAAGCCGCAUUGAAGAGAACGUUGGGUUCUACAGCGGGAAGCUCAUGGCCUCUUCAGAAAAAUAUGAAAAUGGAAUAG